AAUUAUUAACCAUAGGACCCUGAAAUCCGAGUACUUGUCUACCUGAUUGCCACGACACACUGAAGUCAGCAAAACACUGCAGAGGCAGGACUGAGGAGAGGAUGGGGGUUUCCUUGGUAGAAAUAAAUAACAACCGUUAAUUCUUGUAACUGGCGACUGCCUGGUUCCUAGGAUCCCAUCAUCGUCUACCUUUACACAUGCUGCAAGGGCAAGUCUUGUUCUAGUUCUGGUUGAGCUUGGCAGAAAGAUAGAGAGGAAGUACGAGAUAGAAACAUAACCAAUCAUCAUGGCCUCAUCUUUAAUCUGGGCUUCACUGGACCCAUCUGUCAUCAAGCCAAGAUCACUUUUUCCUUCUAAAGUUCCAUCUCUACCUUCCAAACAGUUUCAGCAAUCAGAAGCAGUAGUUGGUUUUAGGAAUAAUAGAGUAAAAGAAGCUGCUGCGGCUUCCAUCAGAAAAGUUCAACUAGUUUCUUUCGCUGCCUCUGCUGCCCUCUUGCUAUGCUCCAGUCCCGCUAAUGCUGGAUUUUUCUCGGGCUUCUCUGGGAUAGAGUCAGUUCCUGGUCCUGAGUUACCUCAGAUUGACUUUCUGUCACGCUGGAAUGAAGAAAACCAGAAGAAGUAUGCUGAAGCUGAUGCAAAAUUCAAGGAGUCCCCCCUGCUCAAAAAGUUGCUUGAGCAAACUAGGUUAAACAAAGAGAAAAAUCGACAAGCUACUUUAGACAAGUAUUGCAUCCGAGGAGCUGAAUGGGGUGUAGGAGAUUGUUCAGCGGAUGGAAUGUCACCUCAAGACAGGGAUAACUUCAUCUCCAUGCUGAAGAAAAAGGCUGGGAUAGAAGAAUGAAGAAAGGAGCCAGAGAGACCUUCUGGUUCGAUCAAGUCUGUAAGAAGAUUUAUAAUCAGGUAAACAAUGAUGUUAGGAUCGAAAGCGGGCUGGUAAGUUCAAUAAUUGAGCAGCAUGAAGAUCCACUUGGUUAGAGACUUAGAGCUAGAGGAGAGCAAUAAAUAGAGAAGCCCAUGAGCUCCUCCUAUCUUAAAAUGAAGAUUAGAUUCUGGAACCUGAAAAAUGCUGAUAAAGCAAUCUUUAGGCAGACAGAUGGUGGUUGCAGAGUCAUUAGUGGUGGUGAAUUGGCUCUACUUUCUAUUCCUUAAUUAGUACAUCAACUAGAUUUCUUCCUUUGAUUCAGGUGCUUGUGCUUGCAGCACGUUAUGCUUCUGGAGCCAGGUUGUUGUCGUAAGAGAUCCUUCAUACUUCAUUUUUCAAAGCCCAAUGCACAUGACAGUAAGAAUGAGAUUUUUGUUUCUGUCCUAAUUAAUAUGAUAUUUGGCUU